ACUUUCUGACCGGUGUUCAGAUAUGUUAGGCUCGCUGCUCGUCGUCGCUGUUUUUACCCGUUUGUCUGCAGAUGUCCAGCCUGUUUUAGGAAACUCCUUCACGUUUCCACAAAACUGCAAGAACGAUGAAGAAGGAAAAUUGCUCCGGGCUGAGCCCCAGGGGGAGGUGGAGGUGGCUGUUCACCAGCGCGGUGUGUGGGCACCCGCCCGGGGCUACCGACACCGGAUCCUUCAAAGCUCUUCCAUUUUGUUCAGGCGCAUAUUUUACAAUGACAGUGGCGUUUUUGUAUUAAGAUGCGGCAGCCGGGAGAUGCGCAUCCAGGUUAAAGUUCUAGUUCCUUUCAAUGUCACCGUGAAAGAGGGAGAAAAAGCGACACUGCCGUGUUACUUUCCAACUACCAGCAAGAAGACUGUCUCUGCACGAUGGGAGAUGAAUCAGCAAGUUGUGUUUGAGUGGAAUUCCUGCACAGAUAAAAGUAACGGCACUGCUGAUGGAAGACUCUCUGGAGACUUUUCCUUAAAACUGCGACAGGCGAGGAAGGAAGAUCAUGGAUAUUAUUUCUGCUAUAAACAAAAUGAAGACGGAGAGAAAGAGGGGGAUCCAUCUGUCGUGAGGCUGAAAGUAAAGAAGAGAGGCCGCGACCAGCAGCGCCGACGAAGAAAACGGGACAAUCGACGAGGACCCUGAGUAGCUGUCAGCAGAGGAGGAACUUUGGUCUGCCAGCCUGGACAAGCUUACUUUCCAGUCAGUCCUGUGGAGGACAUUUGGAUUCUCGGCCUUGUGGGCU